AUGUUUAUUGUUAAAUUAUUUGAAGAUCUUUCAAAAGAUUUUUCUCAACUUCUCGACGCAUCUGAUGAUUACGAUGUUGUUAUUCAAGCUGGUGAAAUAUCAGAUUUUAAAGAAUUUAAAGCACACUCAAAUGUUUUGCGUGCCAGAUCACCUUAUUUUAAAGCUGCUUUAUCUAAUCAAUGGGCAAACCCUCAAAGUGGUGUUACCAUUUUUAAAAAGUCAAAUAUCUCAUCAGAUGUAUUUCGUUUUAUCCUUUGCUAUAUCUAUACGGGAAUUAUUGAUCUAACUGAUCAAUCAAGUUCUAACAUUCUCUCUCUUCUUGUUGCAUCUGAUGAAUUAAUGCUUGAUAAAUUAGUUGAUCAAAUCCAAAAGCAUGUAAGGAUUCUUACUUUAACAUUCUUCAAGCUUCAAAGUUGCACGACAUUACAAGAUCAUAUUAUGAAAACUAUUUGUAAAAAUCCAAAACCGUUUCUUGAAUUGGAGGAAUUUCCGAAUUUGGAUAAAGAUAUCUUUUUAAAACUUGUCGAGAGAGACGAUCUUGAUAUUGAAGAAAUUGAUAUUUGGAAAUAUUUGAUAAAAUGGGGGAAAGCAUCAAUUUCUUCUAACAAAAAAUCUAUGAUGGAUGUCACUAAGUGGGAAAAAAGUGAUUUUGCAUUAUUUAAAAAAUCUUUGGAUCCGUUUAUACCUCAUAUUCGACUUCAUGAAAUUUCCAGCGAAGAAUUUUUUCAUCAUGUUAGACCUUAUAAAAAAGCGAUACCGAAAGAUCUUUAUGAAGAUUUGAUGGCUUAUCAAAUGGCUAAUAUAACUCCCAAAGUUUCAAAAUUGCAUCCACGUUAUGGAUCUAUUAAUAUAGAUUCUGCUAUCAUUGAAAAGGAUAAAGCUGCAAUAAUAAUUAAUUGGAUCGAAAAAAGAACCAUCUUCUCUAGGAAGCCUUUUUACCAAUUUACGCUUACUUAUCGAGCAACACGAGAUGGGUUUGAAUAUAAUAAAUUUAUCGCGAAUAAUAAUAGUAGUGGUGCAAUUAUCGGAUUAAUUAAGAUCAAAGAUUCAAAAAAAAUAAUCGGCGGAUAUAACCCUCUAGGCUUAAGAAAUAAUAACAACCGUUAUAGUGGCAGUAAUCGUUAUCGACAGCAGUGGGAAUCAACUAAUGAUAGUUUUAUUUUUUGUUUUGGAGAUGAAGAAGGUUCCGAUGUUCAUAUACUUAGUCGCGUUAAAAACUCCUCAUAUGCAAUUUAUAAUUACAACGGGUAUUGGAUGAAUUUUGGAAAUUCUGACCUACUGUUAAAUGGCGGGAGUGGUUCUUGCUCACAAAGUUACUAUGAAAAUACGAUUUUAGAUACGAAUAGCUUUGUAGUUGAAGAAUUAGAAACUUUUGUCGUGAGCCAAACUAUUUGA